AUGUUAGGAAGGUUUAGUUUUGGUCCCAAGUUUUAUAAGAGCGUACAUCGAACGGUGUUGAAUCCCGUAUGGCAGAGGUCUAUUCAUAUCAAGACACUUACAACGCCUAAUGAGAAUGCAUUGAAAUUUGUUUCCACAGAUGGGGGGCUGCUACAGGAGAAAGGCACACAGAGUGUUGAGAUCAAGAACACUGAUGAGGAGCUUUUGAAACAUGCUCCAUUCCCAUCUAAAGUGUUCCAGCAAUGUCCUGGUGUUGAAGCAAUGAUGAUCGGUGAUGAUUUCGUCACUAUAAAUAAAGAUGAACUGAUUCAUUGGAACCAAGUGACUCCUACGGUGAUAGAUCUAUUGGUACAACAUUUAGCCAGUGGGAAGCCCACGUUUUUACCAGAUUUCUUCGACGUGAAAAAGUCUUCCGAAGUUGGGUACGAUGUGGACAUUCCUAAAUUUGAAUACGAUGAAGAUGAGCAAGAGAUCAGCGAGAUGAUCGAUGAAUUGAUUCAGACAAGGAUCAGACCUGCUAUUAUGGACGACGGUGGUGAUAUCCAGUACCGUGGAUGGAAUCCGGAGACAGGGACAGUUUAUUUGAAGUUACAAGGUGCAUGUAAGUCAUGUUCGUCCAGUGAGGAUACCUUGAAGCAUGGUAUUGAAGCUAUGUUAAAGCAUUACAUCGAAGAAGUAGAGGACGUGGUUCAGAUCUUGGAUCCUGAGGAGAAGAUUGCACUUGCGGAGUUCGAAAAACUUGAGAAGAAGCUGGAGAGCAGUAAGAGAUGA